AUGAGCCCAAACACAAAGUCUGACACUACAACUGUGAUUUUGGGGAGCGGCAUCAUUGGCUUGUGCACCGCGUAUUAUUUGAGUGGGAGCGGGAAUACACAGCCGGAAAGUAUCUGCCUCGUUGAUUCGAGUCCUGAGCUCUUCCGCUGCGCGUCGGGACUUGCAGGCGGGUUUCUGGCGCAAGAUUGGUUUGCGCCCUCUGUCUCUUCCCUCGGUGCCCUCUCUUUCAAACUCCACAGCGACCUUGCAUCCGCAUACGCGGGUCGCGCAACAUGGGGAUACGCCCAAAGCACCGGGAUAUCCCUCAAUCAGAACGACAACGACGCAGCGGUCAGCGGUAGUGGAGAAGACUGGCUGGAGAACGGAACGAGUCGAGUGAAUCUUGUUGGUCACAAUCGGCCGUGGGAAGAGGGGCUCGCCGGACCAGAAUGGCUGCGAUGCGUGCAGGAUGGCGGAGUAGAGAUCAUAUCACGGGGCGGCACAACGGCGCAGAUUGAUCCUCUGAGGUUUUGUCGAUGGUUGUUGGAGAGGGUAAAGGAGAGGGGUGUGCAUGUAUGGAAUCCUGCGAAGGCCGUGGGACUCAUGCAGGAUGAGAGUGGUGUCCUGAAUGGCGUACGGAUAAGCAACGAGGGAGAAGAUGCGUACCUGCCGUGCACUCGGCUUGUCAUCACCGCCGGUGCCUGGACCCCUCGUAUCUUCAACUCCCUCUUUCCCUCCGCUACAGUUCGCAUCCCCAUAUCGCCUCUAGCCGGGCACUCGCUGCUCGUGCGGAACCCACACUUCAGGUCUCAAGACCCUGAGAAAGAAGUCUGCCAUGCUGUCUUCGCGACAGAUACGCUCGGCUUCUCGCCAGAGUUAUUUGCGAGGCUAGGCGGGGAGUUGUAUCUUGCGGGCUUGAAUACCACAAUGAUUCCACUGCCGGAUGUGGCUACAGACGUGAAGGCUGAUGAGAAGGCGAUAGAGCAGUUGAAGCAGUGCGCGAGAGCUGUCAUGUCGACGGUUACGGGGAAAGAGAUUAAGGUUUUGAGGGAGGGCCUGUGUUUUCGUCCCGUAACAUCGAGUGGUCGCCCUAUCGUGUCUCGCAUACCUGACGAGAGGCUCGGAGGUUUGAUGACUAGGGGUGGGGAGGAGGGGGGAGUGUUUAUCGCUGCAGGGCAUGGUGCCUGGGGGAUAUCGCAUGCGCCAGGAACAGGACUCGUGCUGACGGAGUUGAUUGAGGGACGACAAACGAGUGCGAAAAUUGAGGCUUUACAAUUGCCUUGA